UGGCUGACGGAGAACAUCACCACCAGAAUAGAGGGCCAUAUCAUCGGUUUCGAUGAGUACAUGAAUCUGGUGUUAGACGACGCCCACGAAGUGCACCUCAAGACACAGGUCCGCAAACCCGUCGGUAGGAUACUGUUGAAGGGCGAGAACAUCACUCUCAUUAUGAGCACUCAAGACCCAUAA